AUCCAUCAUCCACCCACAUUCUUUCUGACCAGAAUGUUCAUAUAGCAACUCUGUCCAUCAUGUCUAACAAUAAACCUUCACCGCGGCCUGAUGAAGGGGCGUUAGAAUCGCUGGAUGAUCUGAUCAAACAACAGCAACAAGCCUCGGGAAAGGAUGCGACACUUUCGGUAGGCGAUGAUGGUUUUUUGGCUCCACCGCCUGCCAAUCCAUCCUUGACAGAAGAACAAAGGGAGCUUUAUAACAAGAUCAUAAUGGCCAACAGAAGAAGAGCAUCAAGUGGAGGAGCAACAAUCGUACCGGGAGAUCCAAGAUUGUUAUCUGAAUUGAAUGCAAGUACAAACGCAAACAAUCCUGGCUCUUCUUCUUCUUCUGAUCGAGGUUUGGCUGAUUCUUCUGUGACUAUCAGACCUCAAGAGCCGAUAAGUACGCAACGAGAUGAAUCUAGAUGGAAUGGAUUCCAUCUAUGGAGAGCGGAAUCAUAUCAGAGAAGAGUGGAUCAACAGCAUCAAUUAAACCGAGAUCGCCUGGACGCACAAAGGGUAAGCCCACUGAGAAGGAUACAGCGUGCAGUCUCGCAUUGGUUUCAGGAGAGAAUGAUCGUAUCAAGAAACGAUGAUGGAUCCGCUUCCAUUAGCAAGACUCGAAUGAUUCUUCUUACUCUGGUCUUGUCUGGUGCACAGGUUGCUUGGUGUUUGGAGCUGGGUUACGGUACACCAUACUUGCUAUCGCUUGGCAUGUCAAAAUCCAGCACAUCUCUCGUUUGGAUCGCUGCUCCACUGUCUGGUCUGAUUGUUCAACCUGUGAUCGGGGUUCUUUCAGAUCUCAGCACUUCCCGCUACAGAAGGAGACAGUAUAUUGUUUGGUCGACGAUCGUUCUUGCGGCUUGUACGCUCUUUCUUGCUUACAGUAUGCCGAUCGCUUCAGCUCUGACGGAUAUUUUACAUGCCGGCUUAGCGGACUGGGAUCCUGUUCGACAACGGGCAAGAGAUGAUAUGAAUCGUUUCAUUGCCGUUUUGGGAUUUGUUGGAUUGGAUUUAAGCGUGAAUGGAAUUCAAGUUGCGGGAAGAGCACUCAUGUUAGAUGCAACGCCGUCGUCUGAACAUUCUCGUGUGAAUGCAUGGUCGGGUAGAAUGCAGCAUAUUGCCAACAUUUUUGGCUAUUGGGCAGGAUGGUACAAUCUAUCAUCUUCAUCUUGGCUGGAUUGGAUAGGUGGCGGACAGUUUAGGAAAUACUGCCUUGUGAGCAUGGUAUCUGUCAUUGUUUGCUCUGCUAUCACAUGCUUGUGCAUAGAAGAAGGAAUACAGAGCCUUAUCACCUGUGCAGAGGAGGGCACAGCAACGGAGGCACAUACUACGGUUUCCGCGACAUCAUUCCAGGACCAACCAUCUACCAUGGAUUCAAUCAAAGAAGCUUCAAAGCGGAUAUGGGAUACUGCCAGAAGGCUUCCACGAUCCAUUAGGAGGAUAUGUCUUGUGCAGGUGCUCGCGUAUAUGGGAUGGUUCCCUUUCCUAUUUUAUGCUACAGAAUGGGUGAUUGAAGUAUGGCAAGCAGAGCAAUCGCGGAAAGGGCAUCAUGAUGGUGAGGAUUUCAAAGGGAUAAGUGAUCAAGCGACAGAAUUGGGAAGCUUUGCUCUCUUGGUCUUCUCGAUUGUCUCAUUGAUUGCGGGAACACUUUUGCCAUACCUUUCCCUUGCACAUUGGACGCCACCUCCCGUUAGACUACCCGAAACAGAUGGCAAUGUCACCCCGACUGAUGAAGACAUCUUUCGAAGGCUAUCAGGACAAGCAGCUAGAACGACAAAGCCACCAAGAUGGCGUGUCACUCUUCGCACCUUUUGGGGAGUAGGGCUGCUAUUUUACAGUAUUCAAAUGCUCUUUGUCUCUUUCCUUGCCCGAUCUUCCAAAUUGGCCAUUGCUUUAGUGGCUUCGAUUGGGUUUGCUUGGGCUAUAGCCGUAUGGGUGCCUUAUGCACUUGUAAUGGAAGGCAUUCGGGAAGCAGAAGAUGGAAUGAGUCCAUAUGAAUUUGAAGCGGAUUGGUUUGCUCCAGAACGAGUACGCAAUCGCCGCGAAAGCUCUACUGCACAACAAACGCCCGGUCGAGCAAGGAUUCGAAGAGCACUUCAAGAUUGUGGACCGCUGGGAUCUGGCAGCUCACCAGGCACUCCCACCAGUAGCAAUUCACGCAAUGGCGGAUCUGGACCGCGACAUGUGAAACCUGGUCGUAUCCUCUCGCGUGGCAAUGAAGCUGUAUAUGAGAAUGAUACUGAUCGCAUCAAUAGCGGUCAGAUACCCGGCGGAGGGGUUCCUGUCCCAUCAACACAAAGUGGAACCGGUGAAGGGGUCGGGGCUACUAUCUUAGGUAUUCAUAAUGUUGCGAUUGUGAUUCCUCAAUUCUUGAUCGCCAUCUUGGCAUCUUUGAUUCUGCGACAAGGAUCAAUAUUUGAAGGUGUACAAGAGUUGUAUGUUUUGGAUGUUGAUGCAAAUGCGCGAAAUGGAGUCUCAGUCGUUUGGGUCUUGAGAUUGGGUGGUUUGGCUGCUUUAUUUGCUGCUCUUUUGACUAGAUUCGUGCCACUUUCUCGAACGGAAAGACAACUGAUGGGUGAUCGCGCCACACUGCGACAAUCAGCACGGGCAGAAUCGAUGUUAUUCGAUGAUGAAGUUAGUGAUGAAUCUGAUUUGGAGGCGUGAAAAUGUACAAAAAAUACAAAAAUGUAUACUAUAUGCAACGAUGAGAUUGAUACUAUUUCAACGAUCAC